AUGAAGGAUAUUCAGACAGCUAUAUCACCACUAUUGGUAGUAUUGUGCUCAUGUGGAUUUGGAGUGUUUGAAUACCCUCAAAAUCAACCGAGAUUUUGUCUUACUAUUUUCUACGUUCUGAUGUCGUGGCUGUCUUAUGCUUACAUUGCCUUCAAAAUGGCAAUAUUUCUUCGAAAAAACGAACUUACCUAUACUACGAUUCAUUAUACUAAUAUGAUUUUUGCAAUACUGUACAUGUUGUCUAAUUUCUAUUAUUAUAAGAAAUUUAAAAGUUGUUUGGACGAACUAAAUAUUGUGAGCAACACAAUAGAAAAGUUGGGAACUUCGAAAAAUUAUGCAAAAUUAAGGAUACAAACUACAUGGUUGAUUACUGGCUGGAUCAUCUUGGUAUCUUUAAUAGAUAUAUACGAUUAUGUGUGGUACCGUGAACAUAUUCCUAGAUCUUACUCCAUAAUGGCAAUAUGUGCACCUAUUGGAAAUCAUCCCACUCAUAUCAACACUCUGUAUGAUUUUAUGUACAUGAUGCUGCUAAGAUACAUUGGAUUUCAAUUUGAGCAUGUUAACAAGUAUAUUCAAAAGUUAGCCGAGCAAAAGAAAGUAGGAUAUGCAUGGACAAAUUCUACUUUGCCCUUGACUCACCGACACAUAGCUGGCACCAAAACAUUAUCUAAACAAAAUAUAUGGAUUUUAAUGUAA